GUAAAAUCUAUAUAUAGCAUUUUCUUCAGUUACUUUCUCCUCGCAAUUUAUCUUUUAUUUCCGCAAUCAAGAACAUCUCUCUCUCUCUCUCUCUAGAAAAGUGGAGAGAUCUGGGAUCUCUUUCUCUCUCUUGUACGGUCCUGUCAAACAACGGUCUCUUCUAUAAAGCUCCGCCCAAGUGUUUUUGAUUAUCCACUGGGUGCGAGAUUCUACACGACGGCUUCUUGAAUUAGCAUUUGUUCGUGUAUCAUGGCAGUGGAGGUAGUUAAAUCUAACAUGGUCAUCGUUGAUAACGGAAGUGCUGCAAACGAAUCAAUGGAUAAUGAAAAAGUCAACAUAAAGUUUGGCUCUCAUGGUGUGGAAGAGCCAGCCAAAGGCGAAGCAAACAGUGUUUCUGCGCCUAACAAUCUCCCAACGGACGCAGUUGACGAAUGGCCCGAGCCGAAGCAGAUACACUCGUUUUACAUUGUUAGAUAUCGGGCUUUGGAAGACCACAAUCUGAAGGCUAAACUCGAUUUGGCUGACAAAGAGCUACAGAAAAAGAAUCAGGCCCGAUUUCAGAUUAUCGAAAAAUUAAGGGCUAAAAGAGGAGAUCGAGGACAGGUGUUAGCUGAAAUACGGUCGUUAAGUGUCGAGAAUCGACAGUUUAGGACAAUAAUCGACGAGAAACGAAAAGAAAUGGAACCUCUUCAACAAGCUCUUGGCAAGUUGAGGGGUAACUCUUCGGGGGGUGGUCGAGAGAAGGGUUCAGGUAUUAUAUGUUCAUCCGAGGCAGAACUCAAUAAUCUUAUUAAAAGCUUAGAGUACCGGAUUCAGCACGAGAGCAUUCCUCUCAGCGAAGAGAAACAAAUCAUGAGGGAAAUUAAACAGCUUGAAGGGACGAGGGAUAAGGUUAUCGUAUUUGCCGCCGAGAGGGCGAAAAUUCAAGAUUCGAUGGGCGAAAAAGUUGACAUACAGGGACAGGUCAAAUCGAUAGGAGUGGAUCUUGAUGGGGUUAGAAAGGAUAAACAAGUGGUGAAUGCCAAACUUAAGCAGCUCGACGAAGCGAAAGCUGCUAUUGAGAAAGAGAUCAAUGCUUUAGAGGCGGAACUUAAUGCGGUUUCGGAAAAGAGGGACAGUACUUUCGAAACCAUUCGAAGUAUGAGGAAACAACGAGAGGAAGGGAAUACUCCGUUUUAUCAAAACCGUAUGGUCUUGACCAAAGCUAAAGCACUUGCGUCUGACAAGGAUGUCGGUGCUCUGAAGGAACAUUCCGACACAGAGGUCGAGAAUUUCAUGUCCCUAUGGAACAGUAACAAAUCUUUCAGGGUUGACUACGAGAGCAGAAUCUUGCAAUCUCUCGACCAGAGGCAGCUAAGUAAAGAUGGCCGCUUGAGGAAUCCAAACGAGAAGCCACUUUUACAACCGGAAACACCACCUGCAGCUGCUGCUGCUCCAAGAAACGAGAUUGUUGCAAAACAAACCCCCAAAGAGGUGGCUGUGGCCCCCACCACGGAAGCCGUUGUUGUGGUGGACCCCACUUCUGAACAGAAGGUCGAGAAAGCAAAGGGUGCUAAAGGAGGAAACAAGAAAACCCGUGUAGACGAACAAGAAGAAGAAGAAGAAUUGUUCUUCGUUACGAAAAAAGAUUCUCUUCCCAAGAAAACCGAAGUCGACGAGGCGAAGCUGAAGGAGAUCAAGAGGGAGGAGGAGAUAGCCAAGCGUAUACAGGCGGAGGAAAGGAAGAAGAAGAUGGCCGAGAAAGCUGCUGCCAAAGCUGCCAUUAAAGCCGAAAAGGAAGCUGAAAAGAAGCUCAAGGAGCGUGAGAAGAAAGCGAAGAAGAAGAGUGGAGGUGGUGCAGUAACUGCUGCGGAUUCCGAAGAAGCUGUUGCAGAGGUAGCUGAACCCCAGAAGAUUGAAGAAGAAAUCGAAAUUCCGGCACCAACUGAAAAGGUGAAGGAUCGUAAAGGAAGUAGUACAGUUAGGGCUAGAGCACGUCCGAGGGGGCAGGAUACAAUUACGAAGACUAUACUGAAACGCAAGAAAGGGACAAAUUAUUGGGUGUGGGCAGCUCCAGCUGCGACUGUGGUGGUCCUUGUGCUUGUGGUCGUCGCAAAAAGCUAUCUUUAGUUGAGCUUUUUUCUCUUUCUUGAUGAUUGUGUACGGAGUUAGAGAGAGAGAGAGACUCGGUUCGGUACUAGUAAGCGUAAGUUUUUGAAAUGUUGGUAGAGCAAAUAGGUUCGGAACUAUUUACUGCUGAGAGACUACACUCGUUUUUUUUCCUUUCUUUUUCGUUUUGUUAUAUUCGAAGUUUUGAUCUUAUAAAUGUUACUUAAAUCAUUUUGUUUUUCUUCUUUUUAUUAUUUCAAUUGGUUUUAUU